GGGCAGCGGCGGCGGCGGCGGCGGGCAGCGGGGCCGCGCCGCGCGGAUGGACGUGCUGAUGACGGUCCGCAGGCUCGCCUCCAUCUGUACCAUGGGCGCCAAUGCCUCUGCUUUGGAGAAAGAGAUUGGUCCUGAACAGUUCCCAGUGAAUGAGCAUUACUUUGGCUUGGUCAAUUUCGGCAAUACCUGCUACUGCAACUCAGUCUUACAGGCACUUUAUUUUUGUCGUCCAUUUCGGGAAAAAGUUCUGGCGUACAAAGUGCAGCCCCGAAAGAAGGAAAGCCUCCUGACGUGCCUCUCCGAUCUCUUCAACAGUAUUGCUACGCAAAAGAAGAAGGUGGGAGUCAUCCCGCCCAAGAAAUUUAUUUCUCGAUUGAGAAAAGAAAAUGAAUUGUUUGAUAAUUAUAUGCAGCAGGAUGCACAUGAAUUCCUAAACUACCUACUUAACACUAUCGCUGAUUUACUGCAAGAAGAGAAAAAGCAGGAGAAACAGAAUGGCAAACUCCAGAAUGGCAGCAUCGAGAGUGACGAAGGAGACAAGACUGAUCUGACGUGGGUCCAUGAAAUCUUCCAAGGAACACUAACCAAUGAAACCAGAUGUCUUAACUGUGAGGCUGUUAGUAGCAAAGAUGAGGACUUUCUGGAUCUAUCGGUUGAUGUGGAACAAAAUACAUCAAUUACGCACUGUCUAAGAGGGUUUAGUAAUACUGAAACUCUAUGCAGUGAAUAUAAAUACUAUUGUGAGCAGUGCCGCAGUAAACAGGAAGCACAGAAGAGAAUGAGAGUGAAAAAGUUGCCCAUGAUUCUAGCUCUGCACUUAAAAAGGUUCAAAUACAUGGACCAGCUGCAUCGAUAUACCAAACUCUCCUACCGUGUAGUCUUUCCCUUGGAGCUCCGGCUCUUCAACACUUCAGGAGAUGCUACGAAUCCUGACAGAAUGUAUGACCUUGUGGCUGUGGUUGUUCACUGUGGCAGUGGUCCAAACCGUGGACAUUAUAUCACCAUUGUGAAGAGCCAUGGCUUUUGGUUGCUGUUUGAUGAUGACAUUGUAGAGAAAAUCGAUGCCCAGGCCAUUGAAGAAUUCUAUGGGUUAACAUCAGACAUUUCCAAAAACUCAGAAUCUGGAUAUAUCCUCUUCUACCAGUCAAGAGACUAAGACAAAAGAUAAAUGUGUAUAAAUAAAAGAAAAAAGGGAUCAAGAUAUGUCCAAAUGGAACAUUUUUGUGACAGCAGAAGCAGUUCCUCAUUGUUGCUGUAGGACCAGGACAGAUCCAGCAGGGCGAAUAAAGGUUUCUCUCUGCCGUUUCUUGGAGGAUUAGUGCCGACUGCCGUAACAAGAACAGCUUUUGCUCCAGUUUUCUUUCUGGGCUUUUUUUUACGUGCUAUCUUCCAAAAUCUGUGUUACCUCUACUUGAAACCUGGCUGCUUAUUUGUUCACGAACUGAAGAAGAGUUUUAAAAGUAGCAUUGUAGAAUUUCUACCAUUUAAUGUCGGCCUGAGGCAAUACCUUGGUUUCUAUCAUCAUCGUUUUUCUGUAUUUUAGCAGAAUGAUUUCAAAAUUCAGCGUCAGCUGAAGGCAUAUUUUAGGAUAUGAACAGCAGCUGGUUGCUGGAUAUUUUUGGUGACUCAGACUUGAGAAGCAGUACAAAGCUAAGACAUAUUGGAAAUGUCAAGUCUGUAAUUUAAAAAAAGACAAAAAACCUCUCUCUGCAGCAUUGUAAAUUCCCCGUUAUUCCAAUUUUCUUGGUUUUAGAUAACACUAAUAGCACUCCUUUUUACAUUUUAAUUCUUACUGUUCUCUUUCUUCUUCAGAAGGUAUAGGACUUAAUCCAUAUUCAGCCUGAUCUAUUGUACCUUUGUCUUUCGAAGCAGAAGUUUUGAGUCAAAGCUACAUUGCUGCAGAUUCAAAGGGAGCAGAAAAGCAGUUAUGUUUUGAAGAAUAUGUCUGGCAACCAGUUGCUGCAGAAAGUCUGAAGUUGCAGCAUUUGUUGGAGCUAUUGCAUAAACCAAAAGUGCCCUCUUUCUGAAACAGAAUCUGUUCAGCAUUUCACUCAAUACAUAGUAAACUGAUGCAACUAGCAUUUGAAUCUAUGCUAAUACACAGAAACAGCACUAAUUGUGAAGGGUUAACCAAGGGAAGUAUUAUUUACAUAACUAAUCCAGCUGUUCUUAGUCUUCAGGAUAAUGGACAUUUAAGAUGGAAAAACAAAAACAAGCCCUGACAUUACCUUGCUAAGUGUCGCUCAUCGUCUGUUGGUAAUGUUUGUAUUGACCUGGGAAUCAUAACCCCCUAAAAAUGCUUCUGAUUGUUUACCUCUCUAGGCCUUGCUUUACAGAGGAGAGUAUGUUAGUCUUUUGAAGACUGAAAUGAAGUAAUUAUCCGUUACGUGUGUAUAUAUUAUAAUCUCAAGGAUAACUAGAAAGAAAAGACUAAGGGAGUUUGUAAGAAAUCUCUGGAAAUUUUGCAUAAUUUUCUUUGUUUUGAAAAGUCCUGUUACUGUGCCAAAGCUUGUCGCAGCUGGCUCUAAACUACCAGUGGAAAAUACAACUUUUCCUUUCUUCAUCUUGUUAGGUAACACGAGAGCUGUCCUCCAUGUGGUCGUGCCUGGUACAGCUGUUCGUAGCAUACACUAGUGACUGCUGUUCCGGAGGACGUUUAACUUAUGCAAUUCUGUGGCUUGUACAGGAUAUAGAAUAUUUUACCAAAAUAUUGUCCUCAGGAAAACAGCAGAUCACAAACAGUUUCUUGUAGUGGGCUAUACGUAUCUGUUUUUUCCUUACCAUGACCAGAAACAUCCUGUUGGCAAGUAACUCCUCUCUUCAAAAUGCAAAUUAGUCAUCGUCGCUGUGUUCCAACCGGGUGCAAGUCCGUUCUCGCUGCACAUCUUCUCCAGCAGAUAAAAUAUGGAAUUUGUUUUUCUUUUUUUUUUUUUUAAUCAUACAGAGUACUGUCAUCUGAAGAGACAUAUUCAAUAACAGCGAGCCUUCUUGUCAUCUUGUUCCUAUUGUGUGAAAAUUGUUCUUGGCUAAGAAUCCUCUCCCCUUGUUCGCACACAAGUCAUAAGUCCUCCCUUGGUGGAGCCAACAGAAGUCUGUCAUCAGUAAGUCUAGCAAAAAAUAAUUAAAAAAAAGAGCACUGAGUUAAAAAAAAUAAUCUAAACAGUAAAUGCAGAAAUUAAUGUAGUACACUAGACAUGUAUUUUGUAUAUCUGGCGAUACAUUUUUACAGAUAAAAAUACCUGAUUGAGAGAGAAUAUUGAAAGAUAUAUACUAUAGAUUAAAAAAGUUAAAAGUGCACUUUUGCUACAGAUUUAUAAGGAAACUAAAAGGAACUAAAUUGGAAGAGAAUGGUGUGAUGUUACUUCUGUAUAAUAAAUGACCCCGCCUGUCUCCAAUAAAGGUUAUGUAUGGUCAAA